CAGGUUUUCGGUUCGGUUAGCUAAUAGUUACACGCCAUGCACGCAAUGAGGCCUCUUCUGAGGUAGUUUGGUUGGAAGGUUUCACGUGCAAGACAUCACUUCAGUUUUUCAACAAACUUAAUUCAACACAACAUACGCAAUGACAGGUUUCAAGAUUGGCAUCAUCGGCGGCUCUGGAUUCUACGAUUUAGAAGAACUCACCGAGGCCCAAGAGGUCACGGUCGAGACUGAAUUUGGUAUCCCCUCCGACAAUUUAGUGACCGGCAAAAUUGAUGGAGUGGACUGUGUGGUACUAGCUCGGCAUGGCAAAGGUCAUAAGAUCAACCCAAGUGAGGUGAAUUACCGGGCCAAUAUUCGAGCCAUGGAGAAACUAGGGGUGACUCACAUCUUGGCCUCCACUGCUUGUGGCUCCUUGAGGGAAAACUACAAACCAGGGGAUUUCGUCAUCUUGGACUCGUUCAUUGAUAGAACUACCAAACGGGCUCAAACCUUCCAUGACCAAGCGAGUGGGCCAAAUUUUGGACGAGUGUGCCAUAUUCCCAUGAGCCCGGCGUUUUGUGACGCUUCCCGCGAGAUAGUGGUAGCCACGGGAAAGAAGUUGGGGUUGACCAUUCACGAAUCAGGAACCAUGGUCACUAUUGAGGGUCCUAGAUUUUCAUCCAAGGCCGAGAGCCUCAUGUUUCAGCAAUGGGGUGGACAUGUCAUUAAUAUGACAACAGUACCAGAGGUGGUGUUAGCAGCAGAAGCCGGAUUAUCUUACGUCUCGGUGGCCAUGGUUACGGACUACGAUUGUUGGAGGCCUCAUUCUGAGGCCGUCUCGGUCGAGGCCGUCAUGGUGGUCCUCAAAGAAAACGUUCAUAACGUCAAGAAGCUUUUCAUGGAAACUGUCAAGAACAUGGGAGCCGCUGAUUGGAAUGAAGUUAUUCAGAAGAACAAGGCUAAAGCGAAAGGAGGAGUGAUGGGAUGAUGAAAGAAUAUAGUAAUUUAUUGUCAUACAUAAAACAAUUUUCAUGAGCGGGAGGAAUCCCCUGAAGGCGAAAGUAAAAUGUGGCGAAAUGUU